AUGCGAGUGAACUUCAGGAGGAAGUGGAAAGUUUCGGUGCCAUUUUCCCUCAGACAUCGCCUUGUUAGCAGGACUACCUGUGCUAUCGCUGGAGAAAGGGGACAAGACGGUGUGAAGAUAAGAAUGAAGGGAAGAAAGAAAUCCCCAUACGGAUCCGCUUCAUCCAAAAAUGCCGUCAUGCAGCUAAACGAGCUGAAGCCGGGGCUGCAGUACCGGCUAAUUUCGCAGAGUGGCCCUCCGCACGCGCCUGAGUUCGUCAUGUCAGUAGAAAUGAACGGGCAAACGUUUAAAGGUAGAGGUCGUACGAAGAAGGAAGCCAAGCUUCGUGCAGCAGAGCAAGUGCUGAGAUCCUUUGUAAAGUCCAAAAGCGCGUCAAAGACAUACCAGACCAUUGGUCGCAAACCUACCCCCUACACUACUGACCACACUGACUCAGACAACUCCUUAGAAGAGGAACCCAACAAACCCCAAGAGUACUCCCCCGACCGUAGCACAGACGAAAGCAAUCCGCUAGACGGCGCCUGUGUACCACCUUUCGGUGCUGUACAUAGCCCAUACAGUACCACAUACACGCCACAAGGUGGGAAGAAUCCGCUCAUGAUCCUAAACGAGCUCAGACCGGGCUUGAAGUACGAGCUUGUGUCGGAAACGGGGGAGAGCCACGCCAAGAACUUCGUCAUGGCGGUGACGAUAGACGGAAGGACGUGCGAGGGGUCAGGGAGGAGCAAGAAACUGGCCAAAAUACGAGCCGCACAAGCAGCGCUACAGGAAAUCUUCAACUACCAGUUCACACCCUCUCCGGGAAAAGAACCAAUUCUGAGCUCAGAGGGCGUCUCGAGUCACCAGACACAGGCCCUAGCAGACCGUAUAUCCCGGCUGGUGUUGGACAAGUUCAGCGAGCUGACCAGCGGCUUCACCUCCCAACACGCUCGCCGUAAGGUGCUAGCAGGGAUGGUCAUGACUAGAGGCACAGACAUGGAGACAGCCGAUGCCAGGGUCAUCUCCCUCGCUACUGGCACCAAAUGUAUCAACGGAGAGUACAUGAGUGUGAAGGGCAAGGCGCUCAACGACUGUCACGCCGAAAUCGUGUCACGACGGUCGCUUCUACGCUACCUGUACUCACAACUCGACCUGCUUCUGGAACCCGGAGUUAAGAAGAAGGAGGAGAGCAUCUUCGAGUCUAAGGAAGAUGGCAAGGGAUACCGGCUGAAGGAUGACGUCCAGUUUCAUCUCUACAUCAGUACGUCCCCUUGCGGGGAUGCCAGGAUCUUCAGCCCUCACGAGGCGGACACAGACGCCGAGGCUGCCGACCGUCACCCCAACCGUAAAGCCCGCGGGCAGCUCCGGACGAAGAUCGAAUCCGGGGAGGGGACGAUCCCGGUGACAUCAUCUAGCUCUGUGCAGACGUGGGACGGAGUACUGCAGGGAGAGCGCCUCCUUACAAUGUCCUGCAGUGAUAAGAUCGCCCGCUGGAACGUGCUGGGGAUACAGGGGGCGCUGCUGAGCUACUUUGUGGAACCGAUCUACCUCAGUAGCAUCAUCCUAGGCAGCCUGUACCACGGGGAUCACCUCUCUCGCGCCGUCUACCAGCGCCUCGGUAACCUCCGCGCGCUCCCGCCACAGUAUCGCCUCAACCGCCCCCUACUGAGUGGCAUCAGUAAUGCAGAGAGCCGGCAGCCGGGGAGGGCGCCGAACUUCAGCGUCAACUGGACGGUGUUGGACGCCGAGCUGGAAGUGGUGAAUACCAUGACGGGAAAGGACGACAACGCGAAGGCAUCGCGCUGCAGCAAGUACUACUUCUUCCAGCGCUGGAACAAGCUCUUCGGGAGGCUGUCUUCGACAACCGGGAGGCGUGAACGUCACCGGCCGCGACAGUAUUCAGAAGCCAAGCUCCUGAGUGGAGAUUACCAGGCCGCCAAGACGAAAAUGGUGAGGGCGUUCCAACGGGCUGGGCUUGGACUGUGGGUGAAGAAACCCAUCGAUCAGGACCAGUUUGAACUACACGAAAUCUGAGGCAAUGGUGGAUACCUGCAACUUGGAGGGGGGGGGGGGUGAAACGUGAAAAUCCCAACGAAACUACAUAGGAAUCCAUUUGUGGAAUACUUUACACAUGACCUGAACACUUUGUUGAGUUAAAUGCUCUCUGAUGUUAACGUUCCCUACACGGUAAUAGAAAAUCACACCUUCUCCCAUUUUUUUUGUGUUUCAUCAACCCUUCAUCCAUGCAUAUGUUUCAUACUGAAGCCUUUAUAAAUGUGCAUGUUGUAACAAUAAUCAUGUAUCAUGAAGUUCACAAAGAAUGCUCAUUGUACAAUGACACGUUUCUAAAACGAGGUACGAAAUACUCAAAUAUCAUCCAAAGACUAAAAUGCAAUGGUAAAAUUUGUGUACACAUGUUUCAAGAAGAAGAAAAGAUUCUCUGUAGAUUUAGAUAGAAUAUGGCGUUUCUUUCUACACUUCUGCUUAAGUUAUCUUACUCAAAGUAAUUAGCGCAUAUUGGGUAUGGAUAUGCAAAGAUCAUUGUCACUAUCACUGUCAAGCCAUUGCUAGAUUAAGAAUCAGUGAUCAUCCCCUACAAAUUGAGGUGGGAAGAUACCACCAGACUCCCCGAAUGACCGACUCUGUACACUUAGUAACUCCAACCAUAUAGAAAAUGAAGUCUACUUUUAGUAGAGCGUUAUAUGUACAAUGAUAUGCGCAAUUUUUUAAACAGCGCUCUCAAUGUAGACACACGAUGUAAACAGUUAACCAAGGACGAACUAUCUGUACGUAUAAUGACAGACACAGACAACAUUGUACAACAAAAACUAUGUCAGUUCGUACACUUGUUUUAAGAAUAGGAAAGAGGCAUGUAGACAAAAACCGUGAUAGAAUAGCUCUAUAUGUUUUGUUUAUCCAACUGUUCGCUUGUAUCACUACUUGUAAUAGUAUCUAGGCUUUAGUAUUCCAUGUAAAACUAUUGAAUCACUGCAUUUAGCCCAUGUGGGCAAGAACUAAUCUCCAGGCAGAUCUUGCGUGGCAUAGGACAGUAUCAU